CCUUCAAUUCUAGGGAAAUAAAAUUGGGGAUCUGGGGAUUUAGGGUUUUAUCUCUGCCAGCUUCUAUCGUCUCCUUUCAAAAAUUGAUCUCAAUGUUACAAAGUACAGGAAAAGAUGCACGCCGUGUGAAGAGACAGUAGAAACCCAUGAUUUCAGAAAUGUAAGCAACCUAAAUACCACCAAAUGCAACAAAAAAAUAUAAUUCCCAUCUGCCCAUCUCCUAAUCUUCCUAAACAGAAGCAACCCCUCAACGCCCACAAAAAAUCCGAGCCAAACCCACAAGACCCAUCAAUAGAAAGCACCUAUUUCACCUAAAGAAGUUAAGAGCUGUGAUUGAAGUAGAAAUAAGACGAAUUUCUCCGGUGAAACAAGGACCAUGAAAAUUAAAAAAGCUUACUUUUUGAGAAUUUUUGAGUCCUUUUUGAGAAUUUUUGAGUCUCGGGGAAAAAUCUGGGCAGGGUAUUGGUUGUUGUUGCUAUCAAAUCUUGAAGAAUAGAAUGUAUGGACUGGAUUCCUAGGAAAAGUAAGACCUGUUUUUGCUCUGCUAUCUUCGCCGGAAACAACUGCGGCCUCUCCAACCUAAAUUUCUUUUGGCUUGAAAGCGUGGAUGUUUUGAUGGAGAGGAAAGAUGGCAAUAAGACGAAUAGUAGUAGAAACUGUUUACAGUACGAAGUUCCCCUUGGCUACAGCAUUGAAGACAUUCGUCCCAAUGGUGGCAUCCAGAAGUUCCGAUCUGCUGCUUACUCCAACGCUCCUCCUCUCCAUUCCUCCAAUCCUCCAAUUUGCAAGUUCUUUGCUAUUCACUGUUUAUCGUGUGUCAUUUACUCUCGUGGCUCCUUCAUCUUCCCCGACCACCAACCUGCUCUUCACCGUAGCUUCUCUGAGGAAGUCGCUAUGUUAAACGAAUUCUUCAGCGAUUUAAUUGCUGAGGCUUAUGGGAUUGGCGAUCCAGUUGUUCCUCACCGGAAUUGGCAUAUAUACUCAGCUAUGUCAGGAGAAGGGAAGCCAUUGAUGAAUGGUGACGAUGAUGGGGUCACUCUGGAAAUGUGCAUGACGGCGUUGGAAAGAGAAAAGGCUGCCGUAUUUUUUAAAGGAUCGGGGAAGUAUAGGGCACAGGAAAUGAGGAACCUGUCGGGAAUUUCGGAUAUAAUUCCGAGUCAUGUGAUAUGUGAUUUUGAGUUUGACCCGUAUGGAUAUUCCAUGAACGGGAUCGAGGGACGGGGACCUGCUUACUCGACUGUGCACGUGACCCCAGAAGAUGGGUUCAGUUACGCGAGCUACGAGGCUAUGGGGUUGGACACUGGGUCUGUUAAAUUGGAGGAUGUGGUCCGUCGGGUGCUAAGAUGUUUUAGUCCGGGUGAGUUUUCUAUCGCAGUCACGUGUCGUGGUGUGGCCCGGUGCCGGGCUGUGGAGGAUGCUAAUGUGGAAGGGUAUACAUGUCAGAACAUCGGGAAUCAGGAGUUGCCAGGAGGUUGGUGGGUGGUGUAUCGAAACUACUCGGCGAGGAACAAAGAAUGCGGCGUCACGACACCGCCUAGGCCCUAGAGUGAGCUUGCAGGCCUGGAAAGAGGUGGCAGAGGAAGAAAUGGGCGGCGCCGUCACCUGUCCUUAUGUGUCGUUUGCUUGAGGCCGCUUCGAGCCUCGUUCUCGGUUGAAAAUAAUGCCUAUAUGUGGGACUCCUUCCGACAUGAUGUACCAUUACCAUCCUAUUCUUUUUUAAAUAGAAUUUAACAUUUUGU